AUGGCCUUGGGGAACCACAGCACCAUCACGGAGUUCAUCCUCCUCGGGCUGUCUACUGACCCCCACGUCGAGGCUCUGCUCUUUGUGCUGUUCCUGGAGAUUUACCUCCUGACCAUAAUGGGAAACCUGAUGCUGCUGCUGGUGAUCAGGGCUGAUUCCCACCACCACACACCCAUGUACUUCUUUCUGAGUCACCUCUCUUUUGUUGAUAUCUGCUUCUCUUCAGUCACUGUGCCCAAGAUGUUGGAGAAUCUUCUGUCACAAAGGAAAACAAUAUCAGUAGAGGGCUUCUUGGCUCAGGCCUUCUUUGUGUGUGUUGCUGCAGGGACUGAAGCCUGUCUGCUCUCAGUGAUGGCCUAUGACCGCUAUGUCGCUAUCUGCCACCCACUGCUCUAUGGACAGAUCAUGACUAAACAGCUGUAUAUGCAGCUUGUGUGGGGCUCAUGGGGACUGGGCUUUCUGGACGCACUCAUUAACAUCUUCCUAGCUAUGAACAUGAUCUUCUGCAAGGCCAAAAAUCCCCACUACGGCUGUGAGAUGCCCUCUCACCUCCCUCUGUCCUGCUCUGACAUUUCCAGAAACCUCAUUGUCUUGCUCCGCUCCACUCUUCUACAUGAGCUGGGAACCUUCCUUCUGGUCUUCUUAUCCUAUGCCCGCAUUAUCGCCACCAUCCUGAGCAUCAGAUCCACCUCAGGCAGAAGCAAGACUUUCUCCACAUGCUCCUCCCACCUCACUGCAGUGACAUUGUACUACGGCUCAGGGUUUCUCUGCUAUCUCAUGCCAAAUUCAGGUUCCCCCAUGGAACUGAUCUUCUCUGUGCAAUAUACAGUAGUCACUCCCAUGCUGAAUCCCCUCAUUUACAGUCUGAAGAACAAGGAGGUGAAGACAGCUCUGAAAAGAACACUGGAAAAGUAUUUACAAUGUUUUGUGUGGCAGAAUAGAGAGAGGAUGAUGGGUAAUUGGAAAAGAAAUGCAUGUAGCAAGAGUUGA